GCUUGUACAUCUGUCCGGCUGAUCAGAUACAUACACAACACGCACUUGCAUACAAACACACAAGUCAUACUACUGGACCUUGCUCUCACAUCUCUGGACUGCUGCUUGGAUUAAAGGCUGGAUCGUUCUCCUGUUUUAUUCUGACUGGACCGUCUGCAGAACAUUAAGAAACGGUAAAAAGCGAGAUUGGACUUGCAACUGGCAACCACUGGAACAUCUGUCACUGUCAGCUCCUCUCAGUUUCUCCAGUGAGGUCAGCCCAGAGCAGCGAUCCCAAUGGAUACCGAAAAUGGCCAGAACAUCUCUGUGCCAGAGGCGUCCUGCGACUCAUUCUCCCCAUCUUUGCACCAGAAGGGCCUCGUCCCCGCCAUGUACAGCGUCAUCUUUGUACUCGGUUUCCUCGGCAACGUGCUGGUGGUGUGCGUGCUCUGUCGGCGUUCGUGUCGGCAGACAGUGGCCAACACGUACCUGGUCAACCUGGCCAUGUCGGACCUGCUGUUCCUGUCCGGACUGCCGUUCUGGGCCGUCUACUACUCGCUGGACUACACCUGGGUGUUCGGCUGGGUCAUGUGUAAAGUGUGCGGCGGCCUGCUGUCGCUCAACGUCUACGCCAGCAUCUUCUUCAUCACCUGCAUGAGCGUGGACCGCUACCGGGCCAUCGUGCACCCGUUCCGCUCGCAGUCGAGCCGCAGCGUGUGCCGAGCGCGGGCCGUGAGCGUCGCCAUCUGGGCCAUCGCCGCCCUGAGCACGGUGCCCAACAUCUGGUUCCGCCAGCUGCACCCUCUGGCGGCGCUCAACGUGACGGGCUGCGUGAUGGCCUACCCGUCGGCCGAGUGGUACCCGGCGCAGGCGCUGGCCAAGAACACGCUGGGCUUCCUGCUCCCGCUCACCGUCAUCGUCACCUGCUACUACCGCAUCGGGCGCCACCUGCUCAACACGCCGUCCAUCGAGCAGGGCCCCGAGCACCUGGACCGCGUGCUGCGCAUGGUGGUGGCCGUGGUGCUGGCCUUCUUCCUCUGCUGGUUCCCCUUCCACGUGCUGACCUUCCUGAGUGCGCUGGCCUCGCUGGGCGUCCACAUGCCGUGCUGGGUGGAGAAGGCUGUGGAGGCGCUCAUGUCCUUCUCGCUCUGCCUGGGCUUCUCCAACAGCGCCAUCAACCCUUUCCUCUACUGCUUCGUGGGGAACCACUUCCGCGAGCAGCUGUGGCGCCUCUACAAGGAGAAAGCGCCGCGCCUGUCCCAGAAGAGAGACUCCAUCAGCACGCGUCUCAGCUCCUUCUCCAGGAAGCUGAGUGACCUGAGGGAUCCGGGGUUCCCUGAUACGGCCAACCUGCGCUUGGCUUCGUCCUCCACCUCAUAAUGCUCAUGUGGUCAGAGCCACACUGUGGGCAUCUUUCACUCGUCAGUCACACACCCUUAGGCUCCCCCUGAGGUUCUUCUAUCCUGGACAAAGCCAAGAAAGGGCCUGUUGAUGACAUGAGCUUUCCAGAGUCUCAAAGUCCAGAUUGGCGAGCAUCUUUAAGCUCUUAGAGCAGACUUCAGGUUAGCUCUCUGCAUGGAAGAGUGGAGACUCCAUGGGAGAGAAAAACCUGGGCAAAGAUUAUGUAUUUAAACCACUGAGAGUGAACUAAAUCUCUAUCUGUAUCAUACUGAACUGAUCAUCACAACAUUACACUACUUACAGAUGAACAGAGACGAAGUUGACCCAGAAACACAUUGGAAGCUAACUGGUAAUUGUAAAAAAGUGUUGCUAAUACACCCUACUGUAUGAGAACAUGACACAUUUUGAGUUUAACUCGAUCAAUCAAUGAAUCAAAUCCAGGAAAGCUCUGGGAAGGUGAGAGGAACUGGACAUCCAUUUUGUUCUAAUGUUGUGAGUGUUCAUUUGAAGUUGUUGGCCCUAUAACAGCGAUAGCAUGGACAGUUAGCUUGUUUACCGUUGAUUCCAUUGUUGCGAAGCCUGCCUCCAGUCUCAACCGUUGUCCUACUAUUGUUGUUAUAGUUACCAUUCAUAAGCAUUGAUAUGAAACAGCAAUUACAUUUUUUUUACCAGAUCUACUUCAUAGGUGUCCCGUUAUUCAGAAUUAAAAGCCACCCCGCCAGCCAAUCAGAAAAGAGUAUUUCUUCUCUCCGGGUGAUAAAUGUUUAUAAACUUAAAGUAUAAACUUUAUACAUUAUUUCAUAUAAAUGGGUAUUCUCCCACAGGGUUUAGGCUGUAGUUUAGAAGUAGGGCUAUAAAGUGUCAUAUUUAAAAUACUUGCUUACAUUUAUACCAAUUUGCCAGUAGGCGUCCUUCACAUGUGUUUUGAAUCAGCAGGUUUCUUCUUUGUACAUAAAGAAUCACCAAAGUUUCUCUAUCUAAAGUGAAGGUGUGCUGCAGACGAGGGAAAUAAAGAAAAUAUAUUCACCUAAUAUAACCAUCGGUACUGAUGUUACUAUUAGAACAUGAGACAUGUAUAAAACGUGUUAAUGUUAAUAAUUAAUAGUAAUAAUAAUUUGAUGAUAUUAUAUAAACAUAUAAAACUGUGCUGAACUUUGUAAUAUUAGUCUCACUAUGUGUUGUGCCUGUCCACAGAACCUGUAAAAGCGCUUUUAAAAUAACUUGUCUGCACUUGAGAAAACAUGAAUAAACGUGCGGUACAAUUUCCAA